GAAGGUUGGUAAAUUUUAACACAGGCUGAGGGCAACUGCCGUUAAGGAAAGUUAACAGAUGUAUUUAGAGGUGCCCUCUAGCGGGGAAUCCCAAAGCCCACGUUAAAAUAUGGCUUCACAUUUUGAAUCGAAGUGAAUAAUUGUGCUGCAAAGAUGUGGAAUUCACAGAGCUUUUACGGUAAACUCUUGGAUGGAUGGGAGAAGUCGGAAACCAGGAAUGGAGUUCCCUAUUACAUCAAUCAUAAAAGUGAGAGAACUCAAUGGGACCAUCCUUUCCUUAGCAAAACUUUGGAGGAGCUAGCUGAAUUUGAUGAUGUCAGGUAUGCAGCAUACAGAACUGCCAUGAAGCUGAGGUUUCUACAGAAAAGAUUAAAGUUGGAUCUCAUCACUCUCCCUAUGAUAAGCAGGGCGUUUGAUGACCAUGGGUGGUCAAGCAGUCAGGACAGUGUGAUCACCUGUGGAGAGCUGGAGACGGUCAUCAUGGAUAUCUUCUAUAAAACAAGGAGAGGGAAGCCAGGCAGCCUUACCAUUGAGCAGUCCACAGAAAUACUCCUCAACUGGUUGCUCAACAUGUAUGACAUACAUAGGACAGGGUAUGUCAGAGUCAUUUCUGCAAAGAUAGCCAUGGUUGCUCUGUGUUCUGCAAGGCUGGCUGAGAAGUACAGAUAUUUGUUUUCCCAACUCAGUGAUUAUGACAACACAAUAUCAAGGAAACAUCUAGGACUGUUUCUGCAUGACUUACUGCAGGUGGCUGAACUUUUGAAUGAGUGUCUGCCAUUUGGUGGAAUGGCUGCAAUAGGUGCUGCAAUAGACAGUUGUUUCAGUAUGUCUCGCAGUACCACUGGUGUAGAAGAGUUUUCCUUCCUGGACUGGAUGUUACUUGAACCUCAGACACUGGUCUGGCUGCCUACAAUGCAUAGGAUGGCUGCUGCAGAGUCAGUUAAACAUGAAUCUAAGUGCAAUAUAUGCAAGGAAUACCCAAUAAUAGGAUUUAGAUACAGGUGCCUGAAAUGUUUCAACUAUGACCUAUGUCAACAGUGCUUUCUGACAGGAAGAGUAGCCAAGAAGCACAAGCUAACACACCCUAUUGAAGAGUACUGUUUAGCAACAACCUCCAAGGAAGACACUAAGGCAUUUGUAAAGACUGUCAGGAACAACUUGAGUAAAAGACACCACAAGAAAUACAAGCCACGGUAUCUUCCUAUUAGAGGGGAUGGACAGCCCAUGGAAGAGGACUUCACUGAUGCAGUACCAGAAUCUGAUGCUGACAUGCACCAGCUAUUACAGAGUGCAGCUAGGAAGCUGGCCCAGGCAGAGACACAGGCCCCACCAAGACAGUCCUCUAAGAUGCUACAGACUGACAUGACAACAGGACCAAAGCAGCAGGUCACCCCUCCAAAAAUGUACAGUAUUGUUCCCAAUGAGCAGCGGAGAGAACUAGACAGUAUUAUUCAUCAUUUAGAGGAUGAAAAUAGGGACCUUUUGCUGGAAAUAGAAAGAUUACACAACAGGUCCAUGUCAGGUAACAGCAGCUCCACAUUGACAGAUGAACAGCAGCGAGUGGAGAGGGAGAAACUGGAAGCUAGGCAGGCCAUACUGGAGGCACACAACAAACAGAUGGAGAAACAGCUGACCAGGUUAAGAGCACUGAUAGAGAAGGAGUCCACAGCCCAGAGACAGCCACCUGUUUCUACCUCUCCUAGUAGGCCAACCCAGCCCAAGUCAGCAGUGCAUGCUAACCCCCAGCCCCAGAGGAACAUCCCUAGUUUUAACAUCCAGUCCCCUGAGCCCAGUUAUGACCAGUUAGUGGAAAGACUGACCAUACUGGCAGGGUCUCAGGGGAAACCCAUCCAUGUGCCACGAUUUGAGGGCCCUGUGGUGAGAACCUCCCAGGUACCACCUCCACAGUAUACCCCACAGGGAGGAGGGAGGAACAUGGCACAGCCAAGAGGACUUGGCCCAGAGCAGGAGCAAAAUGUUCCCCCACAGAGAGACAGGUUUUCUGGUUUGACACUCCCGCAGCGACAGGCUGGUGCUCCACUUAGAGAAGUCAGUCAGAACACCAUGCAGAAUGUCAUGACGCCCAGCAUGUUGCCUAGCAACAACCACGACCUUGGCUUGACCCCAUGGACACCAGGCAGAGAUUUUACAUUUGGAGACGACACUAGGCUGAGUCUGUCCUAUUUGUCCCUGCCAUCAGCUUCCAAGUCUCGCAACUUCCCAGAAGAGGAGGAGGAGCUGGAGGAUAUUAUAAAGAGAUUGGAGAGGGAAUAUCCAGCUGAUAUGUCUUUCUCAUGGACCUUUUGCUGGAAAUAG